CGCAUGCGUAGUGGGCGGCCCCGUCUCCUCACGCCGGAGGAGUCUAGAAGCACAGGGAACGGAACGGGGCGGCGGCGGCGGCGGGCAGGGCAGAUGGAGCCUAUGGGGUCGCAGCAGCAGCCGGGUUCCGCAGGGCGGAAGAGGCUCCCCAACCGCGAGAGGCCCGCUGCCGAGGACGAUGCCCUCAACCAGAUCGCUCGCGAGGCUGAAGCAAGACUGGCAGCAAAGCGUGCGGCACGAGCUGAAGCACGAGAAAUCCGGAUGAAGGAACUUGAGAGGCAACAAAAGGAAAUCUAUCAAGUUCAAAAGAAAUAUUAUGGUCUGGACACAAAGUUUGGUGACAUCGAGCAGUGGAUGGAAGACAGUGAGCGUUACACCCGUAAAUCCAGAAGAAAUGCCUCGGCUUCGGAUGAAGAUGAGCGUAUGUCCGUGGGUAGCCGUGGAAGCCUCAGGGCUUCCUGCUACUCUGACCUUAGUCUUCAUAGCACUGGUUUUCCUUCCAAAUCCCAACCUUCUUCCCAAAAUGGAAAUCGGCCCUCCUUGUUGUAUAGCGAUGCUCUGCCUGCCAGAAGCUACAGGGCAUCUCUGUAUGAUGAGAACUUUAACACUGGGACUCGUCGGUAUAGUGCUUCUAGUUCACGUCCUCCUUCGGAGUACAGUUGCUACCUUGGCUCAGGAUCCCGGGCUUCUUCUAGAGCUAGUUCUGCUCGUGCAAGUCCUGUGGUUGAAGAAAGGCCAGAAAAGGACUUCGAGAAGAUUCCAGAAUCCAAGGAUUUAGACAGUGUAUUCCCACAUCUUUUGCAGCAAGAAGCAGCUCAGGGAGUUCGUACUGCGUCAAGUUUGUCAGCAGCUACACUGGCCUCUCUAGGUGGAACCUCUUCUCGGCGAGGGAGCGGAGAUACCUCAAUUUCGGUUGAUACUGAAGCAUCUAUCAGAGAAAUUAAGGAUAUCAAUGAGUUAAAGGACCAGAUUCAGGAUGUAGAAGGAAAAUACAAGCAGGAAUUAAAGGAAAUGAAGGACUCUCUAGCUGAAGUUGAAGAGAAAUAUAAGAAGGCUAUGGUAUCAAAUGCUCAAUUAGAUAAUGAAAAAACCAAUUUCAUGUAUCAAGUAGACAACCUGAAAGAUGCAUUGUUUGAAUUAGAGGAAGAACUUGCAGAAUCCAAGAGGGAGUAUGAUGAAAAAAGCAAAGAAUUUGAGAGGGAAAAACAUGCCCACAACACAUUGAAGUUCCAGUUCGUGGAAGUCAAAGAAGCUCUGAAACAAAGAGAAGAAUUACUUGCAGAAAUCCGACAGCUACAACAGAAACAAGAGGGCUAUGUCAGGGAAAUCUCUGACCUUCAAGAGACAAUAGAAUGGAAAGAAAAAAAGAUAGGGGCAUUAGAGAGGCAGAAAGAGUUCUUUGAUUCCAUAAGAUGUGAGCGAGAUGAUCUUAGAGAGGAGGUGGUUCUGCUGAAGGAACAAUUGAAGCAAUAUGGAAUAAUCCCCAAUUUAGAGGUAGCUACCAAUGGAGAAACCUCUGGUGGCCUUCAUAAUGAUGGACUAUCGAGUUCUUCCAAGAUGGUCUCAGGCACAAGUCACAUCCCAGGGGGACCUGAGGAUGGCAUGCUUGGCAAAGCCAAUGAAGUGGAAAUGAAAAAUGAGAUUGUGGAGAAUGUGGGGAAAAGAGAAAUCUUGCAGAAUACUGAGCAUGAGGAACACACAGAGGAGACUAAGGAGCAGGAAAUUGUACAGGAGUGUUCGGAGAUAAAGACGUUGCAUGCAGAUGAAAAUGCGGAGGCAGAAAAAAUCACUGAAGGCAAAGUUGCGUCAACUUUGGUAUUAAAUAGUGGGCUUGAGGAGCCACCUAAAAGUCACACAGAGCAUGUCCCAGGAAUUGUUUGUUCCCCUAAAAACAGUGAUGUAGUUGAAUUUUGCAUAGAAGGAAGGUCAGUUGGUGAUACUUCAGAAGAGAAAGAGUUGAAUGAAAACGAUGUAAAUAAAGUUAGUAACCAAAGUAAAGAAACAUCUCCAGGUAUUGAGGUUGGUGAAGCAAUAUCUACAGGUUUAGAAAUGCUUCCCCAAAAGCAAAAUAAUGAAAAACAAGCAGUUAUUGUAGUUGAUGUGGGAGAGGACAAUCAUAAUGAAAUAUUUCAGGAUGCUUUAGAUUUUGUGAAUGACAGCCAAACAGCAGCUUCCAGUGAUUCAGAAACACCAGACUUGAUAAGUGAUAUGCUUUCAAAAACACCAGCUAUUCAUUCUGAUAUUGAACAGUCAGAAAACAAAAUUAUUGAGGGUGAUUUGCUUAUCAAAGAGCAAGGUAUUACAAUAACUACUAAAGAAAAGCAGGAUGAUAGAACUGAUGAAGAUGAUAAGAAGGAAAAUGUAGUUCAACAGCAAAGUGACAAAGCAGAUUCUACAGUCGAGCAUACAGAAGCAGCCUGGGCUAGGGAAGAGACACCAGAUGACAUUACAGAAGAGCAAGGUAUUACAAUAACUACUAAAGAAAAGCAGGAUGGUGGAACUGAUGAAGAUGAUAAGAAGGAAAAUGUAGUUCAACAGCAAAGUGACAAAGCAGGUUCUACAGUCGAGCAUACAGAAGCAGCCUGGGCUAGGGAACAGACACCAGAUGACCUUACAGAAGAGCAAGGUAUUACAAUAACUACUAAAGAAAAGCAGGAUGGUGGAACUGAUGAAGAUGAUAAGAAGGAAAAUGUAGUUCAACAGCAAAGUGACAAAGCAGAUUCUACAGCCGAACAUACAGAAGCAGCCUGGGCUAGGGAACAGACACCAGAUGACCUUACAGAAGAACAAAUACAAGUGGAAGAAACUCAGACCUCAUAUUCUAACCAUGAUUCAUCCACAGAAGAGGAAGAUAUUGAGCAACAGCUCAAAGCAAGUGAAGAUAAUCAUGGGGAAAGCCUUGCUAAAGGGACUGAACAAAGAGAAACUGUGUUAAGAACUCAAGAGGAAAAUGCAGUUCCUGAAAAAAAUGAUAAGCAAAUCAGCAUGACAGACAUCAACCCAGAAAACAUUGUUGUAGAUGGCAUAGAGCAGAAUGAGUGCCAGACCCAUGAGAGAAAGCAGGUAGAUCUCAAGAAUGAUUCUAGGAAAGAGAGUGAGCUAAAACCUGAAAUCAUAAAUGAUGAAAAAACUCUGGUUGAGACCCCAUAUAAAAGUGAAGAUGCUGCUGCUGAUAGUCAAGAUAAUCCAACAUUUAAAGAAGAACCAAGAGCUUUAGAGUUUGUGAAUGACAGCCAAGCAGCAGUUUCCAGUGAUUCAGAAACACCAUUCUUGGUAGGUGAUAUGCUUUCAAAAACAUCAGCUAUUCAUUCUGAUAUUGAACAGUCAGAAAACAAAAUUAUUGAGGGUGAUUUGCUUAUCAAAGAGCAAGGUAUUACAAUAACCAAUGAAGAAAAGCAGGAUGGUGGAACUGAUGAAGAGGAUAAGAAGGAAAAUGUAGUUCGACAGCAAAGAGACAAAGCAGAUUCUACAGUCGAGCAUACAGAAUCAUCCUGGGCUAGGGAACAGACACCAGAUGACCUUACGGAGGAACAAAUACAAGUGGAAGAAACUCGGACCUCGUCUUCUAGCCAUGAUUCAUCCACAGAAGAGGAAGAUGCUGAGCAGCAGCUCAAAGCAAGUGAAGAUAAUCAUGGGGAAAGCCUUGCUAAAGGGACUGAACAAAGAGAAACUCUGUUAAGAACUCAAGAGGAAAAUGCAAUUUCUGAAAAAAAUGAUAAGCAAAUCAGCAUGACAGACAUCCACCCAGAAAACAUUGUAGAUGGCAUAGAGCAGAAUGAAUGCCAGACCCCUGAGAGAAAACAGUUAGAUCUCAAGGAUGAUUCUAGGAAAGCUUGUCAAGAAAGCCAAUCGGACCCCCAGGUAGGUAGAAUAGGUAAAGGUAAAUCUCGUGACGAUUGUGUCAUAUCGUAACCUCAAAGGUCAGUUAUCAUUGCAUAUUUCUCAAAGCUGUCCAAUAUGUUACAGAGCAAACAGGCACUUUUUUUUUACAAAAGAUUGAAGACAACAUUGCCUAAAUUUUUGGUUUAUAGAAAAGGAAGAGUUUCACAAUGACCAAUUUUUAGACAAUGACUCUGUCAAUAAUGAAUGCAUAAGAAGGUUUUUGUACUUUUUAGGUUUACUCACUGCUGAUGACAAUUAAACUAAGUCAUUAAUAAUACUAAUUUCUAAUGAAGUGCUUUUUCAUAUGCCAUCAAGCUGAUAAUAUAAUAUUUGAUCUUAUCGGUAUUUUAAUGGCAGGCAGGAUUUGAUGGUUUUUAGGAACUGAUAACCUGGAGGACAUAUGCUUGCUUGACAGUGGUCAGACACUUUUAUAUUUCAUUCCAUUUUUAUAAAGCACUGUAGCUUCAACAGCCUUUGAAAAUGUAUUGUCGAAGGUUCUUGUGGGUUUUUUCGGGCUA